GAUGCAAGUGACAAAACGACGAUGCAUAUGAUAGGCCAACAUAUGUUUGUUUUCUCUACCAACCCAACCAACUCGGCCACCAGUCUAUCGGCCGGCAGCAAGCGAAUGAUCAAGACGUUGGGCAAAGGCUGCAGAUACCAAACCAAAAGACAUGAGGGGAUAAAGAUGGAUGGAAACUGCGGGAGCUGCGGGAACGGUCGCAAGAUGUGACCUAGAUGAGUGACGUUGAUCCACAGGAUUGGCUGGUGUGGCCGUGGCGGGUGUGAUGAUUGGAUUAGGCCGCAGAUUUGGCCGCAUGAGGAAAUGGAGGCCUGAACCUCCCCUCCGCUUCUUCGCACCACUUGUCGUCGAGACAAGGUGGGUAGCGGGACAUGAAUGUUGGGUUAUUGACAUGUCAAGCCGGCAUGCACCGGGCCAACAAACGCCAGAAAUACCGACAGAUCCCCGUAAUAUCCGGACUGUUCGACAUAGAGUAUCACACCUAUGCGAAAACCCUACAGGCUAUUCGCGGCCCAGUUCACUCACCCCUCCCGAACCUCACAUCGAAACCCUUAAGUACCGCCAUGAUACUUGCAGCCUCUACUUCGAUCGGCGCCCACGCUUUGCCCGUCGACGAUUGCUGCAGGCUUACACUGCCUCGAUUAGGCGGUGGGUUAGCAGGCACCGCUCUCAGCUUGGGCAGCCACGAGCCAAUGUCAUCAGCUGCUUCCUCGAAAUGCCGAUGAGAGGCAAUGGUCUUGUAAGCCUCGGCGCAGGAGAGGGAGAGUGCGAAGUUACUGGCAGCGACAUUGUUGGAGGAAGAAGAUGAGGAAGAGAAUGGGUUGGAUGGUGUGGGAGCAGGUAGUUG